UGUGGGGCUCGUAGUCCGCGACGCGCGGCCUUGUGGGACUCGUAGUGCGCGACGCGCGGCCUUGUGGGACUCGUAGUCCGCGGUGGGCGGGAGAGGGAACCACCAGCUCCCGGCGGCCCACGCGCGCCGCCCGGCCCAGCCCGGCCCGCGGAGAGGCCUCCGAGCGCAAUGGCUGCGCCCCCGGCCCGCGCGGACGCCGACCCCUCGCCCACGUCGCCACCUACGGCCCGAGACCCGCCAGGCCGGCAGACUGAGAAAAGCGAGACCGCGUGCGAGGACCGCAAUGCAGAGUCCCUGGACAGGCUCCUGCCACCUGUGGGCACCGGGCACUCUCCCCGGAAGCGGACCACCAGCCAGUGCAAGUCGGAGCCUCCCCUGCUGCGCACCAGCAAGCGCACCAUCUACACCGCAGGGCGGCCGCCCUGGUACAACGAGCACGGCACGCAGUCCAAGGAGGCCUUCGCCAUCGGCCUAGGAGGUGGCAGUGCCUCUGGGAAGACCACUGUUGCCAGAAUGAUCAUUGAAGCCCUGGACGUGCCCUGGGUGGUCUUGCUGUCCAUGGACUCCUUCUACAAGGUGCUGACUGAGCAGCAACAGGAACAGGCCGCACACAACAACUUCAACUUCGACCACCCGGACGCCUUUGACUUCGACCUCAUCAUUUCCACCCUCAAGAAACUGAAGCAGGGGAAGAGUGUCAAGGUGCCCGUCUAUGACUUCACCACGCACAGCCGGAAGAGGGACUGGAAAACACUGUAUGGUGCAAACGUCAUCAUCUUUGAGGGCAUCAUGGCCUUUGCUGACAAGACACUGCUGGAGCUCCUGGACAUGAAGAUCUUUGUGGACACAGACUCUGACAUCCGCCUGGUACGGCGGCUGCGCCGGGACAUCAGUGAGCGCGGCCGGGACAUCGAGGGUGUCAUCAAGCAGUACAACAAGUUUGUCAAGCCCUCCUUCGACCAGUACAUCCAGCCCACCAUGCGGCUGGCAGACAUCGUGGUGCCCAGAGGGAGCGGCAACACGGUGGCCAUCGACCUGAUCGUGCAGCACGUGCACAGCCAGCUGGAGGAGAGGAAGCUACGUUGGGAUAUGGCUGCGCUGGCCUCGGCACACCAGUGCCACCCCCUGCCCCAGACGCUGAGCGUCCUGAAGAGCACGCCGCAGGUGCGAGGCAUGCACACCAUCAUCAGGGACAAGGAGACCAGUCGCGACGAGUUCAUCUUCUACUCCAAGAGACUGAUGCGGCUGCUCAUCGAGCACGCGCUCUCCUUCCUACCCUUUCAGGACUGCGUUGUGCGGACCCCGCAGGGGCAGGACUACGCGGGCAAGUGCUAUGCGGGGAAGCAGAUCACAGGUGUGUCCAUCCUGCGUGCCGGUGAAACCAUGGAGCCCGCCCUGCGCGCCGUGUGCAAAGACGUGCGCAUCGGCACCAUCCUCAUCCAGACCAACCAGCUUACCGGGGAGCCCGAGCUGCACUACCUGAGGCUGCCCAAGGACAUCAGCGAUGACCACGUGAUCCUCAUGGACUGCACCGUGUCCACGGGCGCCGCGGCCAUGAUGGCGGUGCGCGUGCUCCUGGACCACGACGUGCCUGAGGACAAGAUCUUUCUGCUGUCACUGCUCAUGGCAGAGAUGGGCGUGCACUCAGUGGCCUACGCGUUUCCACGCGUGAGAAUCAUCACCACGGCGGUGGACAAGCGGGUCAAUGACCUUUUCCGCAUCAUCCCAGGCAUUGGGAACUUUGGCGACCGCUACUUUGGGACAGACGCGGUCCCCGAUGGCAGUGACGAGGAGGAAGUGGCCUACACGGGUUAGCUGCCCAGUGAGCCAUCCCCGUCCCCGCCACCCUCCUUCUGCCUCCUGACCCAGGAUUGCCGAAUACAAAGAUGUGAAUUUUUAAAAUGUUACCAGUAUAAUUUAUUUUAUGCAUUUUAUAAAAUAAAGAAAGCUUUAGAAAAAUGAA